AGCCUCUUCCUGCUUUCUUUCCUCCACCCUCUUCCUCUUUAAUGCUCUUUUUCCCUUUCUUUCUCUUCUCUGGUAUUCCCUUGGUGUGAUUCUCCACCAUCUCCCUAAAGAGCCAUCAAACUUUAUAAAAGAAAAACAUAAAAGGAAUUGAACACCAUGGUUUUCUCCUCUAUUCCAGUCUUUGUAGAUCCUCCCAAUUGGCAGCAGCAACCAAACCAUCCUCAAGCAAAUGGCAGUGAUAGCACUCAGCUUCUUCCACCUUUGCCUCCACAGCAACCUGAUAUGGGAGGUUCUGUGGGUUCAAUCAGGCCAGGGUCUAUGGCAGAUCGAGCUAGGCUAGCUAAGAUACCACCACCUGAAGCAGCUCUCAAGUGUCCACGUUGUGAAUCCACCAACACUAAAUUUUGCUACUUCAAUAACUAUAGCCUCACUCAACCACGCCACUUCUGCAAGACUUGUAGACGCUAUUGGACAAGAGGGGGUGCUCUUAGAAAUGUUCCUGUGGGUGGAGGGUGUCGCAGGAACAAGAAGAACAAAAGGAGUCGCUCUAAAUCUCCUGCAUCCACUGAGAAACAAACACUUUCUAGUUCCACAAGUGCAAUACCCUCUGGUGGAACCACUCAUGAGCUUAUUGGUCACUUGCCACAACCAACUAACCUUCCUUUCAUGGCAUCUCUUCAUCAGAACCUGAACCGUUAUGCUGUUGGAAACAUGGGUCUCGGCUUGCGUGAGAUCCAUGGACAGAACGAUCACAUGGGGUUUCAAAUUGGUGGUGCCGGUAAUUCAGCUGCAGGUGGAGGAAUGGAUCAGUGGCGCUUGCAGCAGAUUUCUUUCUUGAAUGGUUUUGAAUCAACUUCAGCUGUGUCAUACCCUUUUCAAAGUGAAAGUAUUGAAACACCUUCUGGUUUGGUUGGAGAUAUAGCAACGACUUCUAGGGUUUCUCCGCUGCCACCAGUUAAAAUGGAAGAAACUGCAGCGUUAAAUUUGUCAAGAUCACCACUCAGUGUCUCAGAAAAUAACCAAUUCUAUUCAUGGACUGAUAUGUCAGGUCUUGCCUCUUCUUCCACUAGUCAUCUCUUGUAACUUUGACCAUAUAUUCAUAUGGUCAAUAUAUAAUCCCAUCAUCCGAAUUGAACUUCUUCGUUUGAAGUUGAAUUAUUACUUGUCAACACCGUCCUUGAUGGAUCAGAGAAAUUCUCAAACGAUUUGGAUGUUCCACUGAACACCUUGCCUAGCUUGACUUCCAAGUUCCAAUAGCAUCAGUUGACAGAAAUUAACGCAGAUAUGGUAGAAUUGAUCUUCUUCUUGUAAUUUCUGGUCAUUGAUUUUGGUUUUAGUUUUUUUUUUUUUUUUCAUCCAGUCGAGUAUUUUGUGUACUAUAUAUAUGGGCUUGCCUUAAUUGUAUAACUGUGUGUGCAUGUAAUGUUUUGUGUGUUUGCUAUCUGACGUUGUAAUCUCAUUUCGGUACAAAACUUUCUCUUAUAAGUUUACUUAACAGCUAACACCUACUGCCAGCUACGUCAAUCUCAACUAGUUUUUGGCUCUGCCUACAUAUGAUUAUCAGAUUCAGAUAGCACGAUAAAGCACGGAUAUCAGAAAAGAAAAAAAGUGAUGUUGUUUACCGUACUAAAGAAUGUGCCACUCCACGUUAGCUUUAGCCUAGGUAGCGUUUCUCGGGAUAAGUUUGUUCAAAUUUCAUGCUCGAGAACUUUAUUUUCCCAUAUCUUGCAGUCUCUAUUCAAGUUUUUAUUAUCUUAAUUUGUGAAACACUCUUAAUGCAAAGUGGUAGCAUUAUAUACAUAUCCCAUGCUGCAUGUCAAUUAGUGUUUGUGAUACGAAUGUUUUGUCAUGCAUCUUGUAGUGGAUAUUUGCUAUAGUAUACACUAGUUGAAUAGUUCAAGGUCCAUCUGACACCCAUAUAUAAAAAGAAGUUGUUGUGAGUAACUCUUUCCUUCAUAAUCUUAGUUUCUUUUCUCCAUUUUCUUUCUCUUUAUCAUUAUGAGUACUUUAGCCAGCCUUUGCUAGAGCCCAGAAGCUUGUACUAAGUUCUACUUUCUCACCCUCACUCCUUCAUCAGUAUGAAAUUCUUGGAAACUUGAGUGCGACAGUUAUUUAAUAUCCUACAGCUACUCUUUACUUUUCCUCGAUCGUGGCAAAUUUUGAUUCCAAGGAAGCUCGUCCUGUUGUACUUUUAGCAGAACCGUAUUGGGUAGUUUUUUUAAAAAAAUUUUUGUUAAUUUAAUUUGGUUUUGACACUAUUUCACCGAUACUAUUAAUAGCUCUAUAACAAAGAACGUGGAGCGUUGUAGGGGAAAGGGUAGAUUGAGAGUGUGUGAGAGAGAAUAUAGUGAAGAAUUUUUAUAUAAUACAUUAGAAAUUAGUCAAGGGUCAAACUUAAGAUGUUGUAAUAAUCAGAUUAGAUUCAAAAGAUGGGACGUGCAUAUUUGUUUGAUUUGAAGUUGAAAGUGGAAGAGAAUUGUAACCAUUCUAAGAAGACGCCAAAAUCUCACUCAAAAUCAUGCAAUUCUAUAUUCGACCAAACUUGAGUGGGUGACUGUUCUAGAACUUCUUCAGCAGAAUGUUGCAAGAUACAAACACGAUUAUUAAUUAUGAAAUUCCUUUUGGGCUAUGUUAAUUCCACAUUUGAAUUUCAAAAAAGAAAAAAAAAGGGAUUCUAUGGUCAAAGUAACUGUGACCUUUUUCUACGAGUUGUGGUCAUUUGUCACCUCUCUCUCUCUCUCUCUUUGUCCGUUUGGAGUGAUCAAUCUUGCCAUUAAUCUAAGAUUGAACAAAGACACACACAGUCUACAAAGAUCUUCCGUGCUAAUAAUUACAAACUUUAUUAUAAUAAUCCCACCGAGAAUUAAUGAAUUAU